AAGGUUCCUCUUCAUCUUCCAAUGAGUGAAGAUAGACACUCUUCCUUCAGGGUAUUAAAUGGAUUCCGAUGGAUGGUAAUAGUAUAUCCUUUUGGAAAGACUGUUGGCUCUUUGAUAUUCCUCUCAACUCUAUUCUGGUUGGACCUUUGUCGAGGAGUGAUGAGGACCUACAGGUGGCAGAUGUAUUCUCCUGUGCUGACUUUAACUCCUCCCUUAUAUCCUACCCUCUACCUGACACUAUUCUAGAAACUAUUAAAGCCAAUCCCAUUUCAAAAAUAGGGCUUGGCAAUGAUUCGUACUCAUGGAAAGGGUCUCGUGAUGGGUCCUUUUCCAUGAAAGUUGCUUAUCUUAUGGCGAAAGGUGUGAAUCCUAACCCUGUUAUGAAUUGGAAUUGGAUUUGGAAGAUUCAUACUCUACCUAAAAUUCAAUGUUUCAUUUGGCUAUUAUGUUAUGAACGCCUAAAAACUCUUGAUCUUCUCUCUAGAUUGGGCAUUGUGGAAUCUAAUGUGUGUCCCAUGUGUCUUGUGGCAAAGGAAACUUGUGAUCAUCUCUGUAGAGAAUGUCCUUCCUCUUCUUUUAUCUGGCAUACUUUUUUUUCUCAAGGAACGGUUGGCUCUAGCAAUUCCUUAUUCCAGUGGAUCAAAGACAACUGUUUGAGCAAGAAUAUGUGUCCUACUAUCCCAAUCCCCUGGGGAACGGUCUUUAGCUUUAUUCUUUGGAGUAUUUGGCUGCAAAGGAACAAUAAACUUUAUUCCUCUAAUGUCUUUGAACCGAAUUAUAUUAUCUCUAUUAUUUGGGAUAAGGUUUUUGAAUUUUACUCAGCUUCACCCUUGCCUUCUCCUAAGAAUACUCAAAAGGAAUCUAGACUAGUUUGUUGGGAGAAACCUCCAGAGGGAUACUGUAAACUAAACACCGACGGGUCAGCUCAUGGAAACCCAGGUCUUGCCUCUGCAGGUGGAGUCAUUAGAGAUCAUAUGGGUAGAUGGAUUGUUGGAUUCGCCUGCAAGAUUGGUUAUGCCUCUUGCUUGCGUGCUGAACUCUGGGGGAUUAGAGAGGGACUUCUCUUGGCUUAUCAGAGAAAUAUCCAGAACUUAAUUGUUGGAGUUGACUCCUUUGUUGCAACUCAGUUAUUAUCCUGUUGCUUUUCACCUCAUCAUCCUCUUUACUCCCUUAUUUUGGAUUGCAGGGAGAUCUUGUCUAGAAUCCCCCGGACUCGUAUCCAACAUGUGUACAGAGAAGCUAAUCAGUGCGCUGAUGCUCUGACUGCAGUGGCUCAUUCACUUCCUGUGGAUUUUGUUUCUUUUGAUUGCUCUCCUCCGGGACUUCUUUUGUAUUAUGAAGCUGACAUGAGGGGAACUUAUAGACAGAUUGAUCCAACAAUCGUUCAUCCAUCCAUUGCUCUUCUGCAAGAAAGGUUCAAACAGUUGGAGAGAGCCAAGGAGAUGAGGCAGGAGAAAGAGCUCUUACGGAUGUUCCCCGAAUCAAGGCAGAUCAAUGCAGCUAUGCCUUAUGUGCCAUGCAGAUCGCUUUUCCACCCUGUACUCACGCUUCAGUCGGAGCUGCCUCUUCAGUGUACACUCAAAAGAGAAGCUAGUUUGUAGAGCAGGAAUACCAAGGUUCAGGCCAUUCAGACUCCAAUAUUGGAGAAUUUAUUGUCCAGAGACACUGUCAUAUGCACAAGCAGCACAACUGACCAUGAUGAUAUUUCAGAUGUUGAUACUUCACCCGUGAAAAAGUUUUACAAUGUUAGUCUAUCUAGUAAUCCUGUGGUUUCCUUCCGUUUCUUCUUCAUGGUGCAGCAAGAAUAUGGGAAAGGAAAAAAAGGAGCUAAAGAAAAAGAAAACAGAAUAUGCAGUGUCGCUAAUUUCCAUUAUCUUAUGUAUCUUUGGCAACUACAUAGCGAUCAGAAAGGCAAUUCUCUUGUCUCUUUUGAAAUGCAUUCUCAGCAUAGGUAAUGUUAUCCAAUUUGUCACUGUUCCCUUUCCUCUUCAUGAUUUUGGGAAUCAAUUGAGUUACUUCUU